AUCAGCCAAAUCCCAAACCAACACAGCCGUCGAUCUAUCUUCAUCGUUCGCCGUUGCAGUGUUCUGCAUAUAACUUCUCUGUUCCUUUCCGAUGACGAAGAGGGCAGAGCUAGUGUUCAUCCCUGCGCCUGGAAUGGGCCAUUUGGUACCCACGGUUCAAUUGGCUAAGCUUUUGGUUCAUCUCAAUUCCAGUCUCUCCAUCACAAUCCUCACCGUCAAGCCACCGUACGACGCAAAAAUCUGCGCCUACGUCGACUCUCUCUCCGCCGAUAGAACCUCCACCACCAUCAACCGCAUCAAAUUCAUCAACCUCCCUCAUCCUGAUCCAGACGUAGAUGUUUUGAAGUUUAUUAGUGGUUUAGUUCACACCCAGCGAUCAUUUGUGAAAGAGACAGUCACCAACAUAGUUGAGCUCUCCAACUCAGUUCCCGACUCACCUCGACUCGCCGGGUUCGUUCUCGACAUGCUUUUAACCGGUUUCGUAGACUUGGCUAACGAAUUCGGCGUUCCUAGCUAUGUAUUUUACACCUCGGGUGCCGCUUUUCUUGGCUUUGAAUUCUACGUUCAAGUUCUACACGAUGAGCAAAGCGUGAAGCUCCUAGAGUUAAAAGACUCGGAAACUGAGUUCACCAUUCCAUCAUAUGUCAACCCGGUUUCCACUAGAUUAAUUCCAUUCAAUAGGACCAGUUCUGAAGUUGUUACCUUCUUCCUUGAUAUGGGACGACGGCUACGAGAGGUGAAGGGUAUAAUGGUAAAUACAUUUUCGGAGCUUGAAUCACACGCGAUUGACUCUCUUUCUAAUCAUAAGCUUCGAAAUCCAGCCAUUUAUCCGGUGGGACCCAUAUUGGAUUUCUCAAGUUCAAGUGAGACUCAUCAUAAUCAUGAUACAAUCAUGCAAUGGAUGGACGAACAACCUCCUUCAUCGGUAGUGUUCCUCUGCUUCGGGAGCAUGGGAAGCUUCAGUGUGGAACAGGUGACAGAGAUCGCCAAUGCACUAGAGCAAAGUGGGUACCGGUUUCUGUGGUCCCUUCGGCGACCUGGAGAGAAAGUAAAUGGCAUCAGGGGAAAACCGACUGAUUAUGGGAACAUGGCCGAUGCAUUGCCGGAAGGGUUCUUAGAUCGGACGGCUAAGGUCGGAAAGGUCACCGGCUGGGUACCACAAGCGGCUGUCUUGAGUCAUCCGGCAACCGGAGGGUUCGUAUCACAUUGUGGUUGGAAUUCAACGUUGGAGAGCAUAUGGUUUAGAGUGCCGAUGGCAGCAUGGCCGCAUUUUGGGGAACAACAUAUGAAUGCCUUCUUAUUGGUGAAGGAGUUGGGAAUAGCCAUUGAUCUUAAAAUGGAUUAUAAGAAUUACGGCGAUGAAGUCGAAAUUGUGAAGGCUGAUGAGAUAGAGAGAGGAAUCAGGUGGUUGAUGGAUCGUGAUAGUGAUGUUCGAAAGAAGAUGAAGAAUAUAGGUGAUAGGAGUAGCAAAGCAUUGUUAGACGGUGGAACUUCACAGUCCACGUUACGUCGUUUUAUAGAUGAUGUUAUUGAUAAUUUGUCAUGAAAAAAAUAGGGUAAACUACAUAAAUAACCACCCAAUUAUGGGU